CUUCAAGAUAUUGCUCACUUCGAUUGAUAAACAAUGGUCAAUGUCCAACAUUCUCUGUUAUUUUGGAACAAAAAUUGUCCUUAAAUCACACGAGUUUUCCUAGUAACCUAAAGAAGCUUUAUAUGGAAGGACUGGCUACCUUGGAGGGAGUUUUCAUUCCUUUUUGCUACGUAGAUAUGACCGCUGUCGUCGUUUCUUGAUAUAUUCUAGGACCAAAACUUGACAACUUCAAAAUGAUUAACGUUCUCAAAUCUUUGCUCAGUCUUCCUCGAGUUCAUCCAACCACUAUUCCUGCUACUAAUGUCGAGCCACCAUUACCUGUUGGAGUUCUUCUGAUUGUUACUAUCGUAUUCAUGUCGAUCUACGCCAUCUUAUUUAUCUUUACCAUAUCACAACUUGUACUGAUUUUGGUUUACAAACACAGGAGAUUGUCUUACCAGACCUUCUUUCUCUUUACAUGCCUGAUCUGGGCAGGAAUAAGAACUACACUUUUUUCGUUUUACUUUAGUGACUGUAAAGUUGUAAACAAUCUGCAGGCAUUUCCGAGGUGGUUCUUGUUUGCAUUUCCUAUAUAUCUUCAGUUCGUAAUGCUUGGUCUUCUUACUUUAUACUUGGUCAAGCUGUUAGUGAAAUCAGGAAGAACAUCUAUUGAACCUGCAAAACACAAAAAUGUGCCAAAUAUCGUAUUUGUCAUAUGCAAUGUCAUCUUUCUGGCCUUGAACAUCAGUAGUUCCAUACUGUGUCCUGAACAGAGCUACACUCAGAAACUUGUAAUUGUUAGAGUUGUGGUUAAUGAAUUGCUGUUUAUACUGGUGGGAAUACUUCUGUGCAUAUCUAUGAGAAAGCUCACCAAAACACCCAACUCCAACCUCUUCUUGGAAGGACAGGGCACUACGACCUGUCAAGCUACAGCAAUAUGCAUCAUUGUUGUGCUGUUAUACAUGUCAAGAGCUGUUUACAACAUGAUAGCAGUGACUGUGCAGCAUGACUUAUCAAACUUUGGAUUUGGAUGGAUUAAUGUCUCUGAUGAGGGAGAGAUUGAACACAACCACAAACUACAGAUGAACGUCAAUAAUCACAGAUUCCUCUCGUUUGGUAUCGUCCUGAUCGUCUGGGAAGUUCUCCCAACCUUCAUGGUCAUCUGGUUUUUCAGGGUACGCCGUCCUCAAGCGGCUAACUUGUUACAGGGACCAAGUAUCAUAGCGUCAAAUAGUUUUGACCAGAGGUCGUAUUUCUUCGAUAAUCCACGGCGCUAUGAUUCUGAUGAGGAUAUCCACACUGCUGGGUCUGGUAAAAGUAAUUAUGACAUCCCUGGAGUACUCAGUCCCUCGUCCAACUCCAACUCCAUCAACACAGGCCACCCAAAGUCAUACGGGUCGAUACCUGUUAGCAAGAGUGGAAGCUUCAACCGCAGUAGUAGCUACCCCAGUGCUUACAUCCCAGGUACCACCCCUCCCAUGCUCUUUACGUCUGGCAACCAGGGAGGGUAUCAGAGAAGCCAAUUAGAACCAGUCAAGGAUAAGGAUUAGUAUCUCACUAGGAUAGUUUUAAUAGGAAUAUUCAUGGUGUAUUUUACCAUGAACCGAGUUUCUACAAGGUAGUGAACUUGCGUCGCCACAGGUAGCCCGAGCUCUGCUUUUGUGCCGUUAUAUUACAGACCAAUUAUAUUGUGACGAUUCAUAUCUGUCCCUGUUCCACCGAGCUUUUGCGUCAUUUUCUUGUUAUUUUCGCUAAAUUAGCAAAGAACAAUGCCCAAAAAUUGAGCUUGGGCUGGUCGAUCAGCUACCUUCGAGAAUAUAAAACAAAACGCAGGGAUUAUAAUGAAUUUUAGCAGGAAAAAUCUGCUCGUACUAAGUUCAAAUCUACUCGUACUAAGUUCAAAUCUAGCGCGGCUUGUGUUAACUGCGUAGUCCUAUUCUAUUGGAUGAAAUUUCAAAGUACAUCGAGACAACGUAACACCUUAAGGUUUUGCUUCUUUUAGUUUUACUCGAGUUUGUCUGAAUUUGUUGCUGCAUCUUUUGAGUACGAUUGUACUGGUCGUGUUAUAGAUAUAUUGGAAGAUAUAGGUUUGAUAUCCAAGUUAGCUAGACUUUCAUCUAAAUAUUUCUAAAGAAAAAUAGUACGGUAAAUAAUGGCCUUAACGCAAAGCUACAGAGUUAGAAUUAAUCAGAAAGAAGAAAUAUGACCAAUGAUUGGUCGAACCGCGACACUCCUGAUCCGAUCUAAGUUAGGCAAUCUCUCUUCGUUUAAUAAGUUGCGGUAUACGACAACAAAUACUUUUUGCGUAGCAAAUUUUAGAAAAAUAGUUGCUCGUAUUUUAAAAUACUUCGCGCGCAACAAAUUUUCGUAGAGGCCAUCAGAAAAAUACUUCCACGAGGCAUGUAGCGAGAUGUUGUCGCGUAUAACAGAUUUACCCGAAGAAUACUCGACGUUUUACCGAACAUGCUGCGCGAAUGCCGAGGGGCGGUCUAACCUGGUUUUCGUUCUCCAGGCUCUUUUGCUGACCCACGACCACUAUAAGGAAAAGGGCCUGGAAACAGGAUUUGCUGUGUAGAUGUGUUUGUCACAUGGCGUUAGUUUCAAGGAGAGCUUAAUUCUUUAGUUAGUUUUCACAAGACCUUCUUGUAAAUCACUAUUGUGAAGAGACAUCCCGUUGAAAUAUUAUUGUUAAUGAAACAUUUUGUAAUAAAUCAGUGUAAAAAUAGUCCAAACACGCGGAAAUUCCAGCAGUUGGUCAUUCCCAGGCGUUAGGAAUUAAACUGCUAGAUUUUGGAGCUCGUUAGUCAAGACAAAUCGAAAAAUAAAAAGGAAAUAGCAAAAAGAUAUAUCGUCAAAGGAAAUUUAAAAAAUAGUUUAUAGAGAAGAUUUUAAAUGAACAAAGAGAUUUAGUAAAAAAAUAAAGAUUACAUAUGAAAAAGAAA